AUGGCCAACAACAACAUACCUAGUCCUGAUCCCUUCGUCCUGGAACAACUGAUUGAAGAUUCCAGCCGCGAACUGACGAAUCGCCGUCGGCAAGAACGUACUUUUGUCGGACAGAGGCAACAGAUUCAGCACAUUCAACAUGUGCACGGCCUUCAACAAGUCCAGAACGUCGAACAAACCCAUCCUGAAGGACAAGUUCAGAACGGGGAAGAUGGGCAGACCCGGCCCCAGACUGAACCAGACCAACUCCAAGUGGUGAAUGAAACUGAUACCCGUGACGGGCAACCCGCUUCCUCGUUCACCCACACCUCUGGCAGGCGAAGAAGCCGUAGCCCAGACGAGGAGGAACAGAUCAACAUUCCCGAGGGCGCUGAUCCGACCGCCAUCCUCCUACUCAAAGAGCUGCAGAAGACCAACCGCCUCAUUCGCCAACAGGGCGACCGCAUCCACGACCUGGAAAGGAAGCGACGAUAUCGCUCCCCCCAACGGAGACGCCAUCGGUCACGUUCCUAUUCCUCUUCACGGUCUCCUCCGAGUAGAAGUCGCAAGCGCAGUCCAUCUAGGUCUCGCUCCCCCUCGAGAAGAAACCGGCGCCAGCGGUCUUAUUCCCGCUCUCCACCUUGA